AUGGCUACCAUAUUAGACUUAUUAGUAUCUACUCCUCACAUGCGUACACAACAUGCAGACGUUGGCCUCUUCUCGAAUUGGUGGAUUUGCGACGCUGGAGAUAAGUGGAAGAAGGUAGGUGCAGGAGGAAGGCCUGACAUGGUGGGUCUCAAAGAUGACAAGUCUCUUUCAUGGAUCUUUGAUCUUUUGUACGAAGCUUGA